UAGGGAGUACUUUUUUCUGUAGAAUUUUGUAUAGAUUGAACAAUUCCAUCAAAUGUUUGAUUCUAACACCAGGACAAUGAUGUCAUCUCCGACACCGAAUUCUAAAGUGUUCAGGAAAUUUUCCAUCAACUCCAAAUCACGACCCUUUAAAGUGGUAAUUCUGGGGCAAAAUGGUGUGGGGAAAUCAGCGCUGACGGUCCGGUUCAUAACGAGGCGUUUUAUUGGAGAGUAUGAUCCGGAUCUUGAAAAGGUCUACACUUGCAGCAAAUGCAUCGAUGGAGAGACGGUCUCCUUUGAAGUCUUAGACACUGCCGCACAGGGAGAAGCCAUGCGCGUCGAGGAGAAGAUCAGAUGGGCGGAUGCGUAUAUUUUAGUGUAUUCCGUUACUGAUCGGCUAAGUUUUAAUGAAUGUGGUCGCCUAAAAUUCCUAAUAAAUUCCUACGCCAAAAGAGGUCGAAAAAUUAGCAUGGUACCAUCCAACGAGGGACAUUUAUCCGCGGUACAAGCGUACCUUGUUGGUAACAAAGUGGACAUGAGCAACGAUCGGAUGAUCAGUGUGACCGAAGGAAGACAGAGGAGUGUCGAACUCGGCUGUACCGGAUUUUACGAGAUUUCAGUGCGAGAAGACGUGGACAGUGUCAUGAACAUAUUUCACGAGCUCUACGUUUCGUGUCGCAAACAAAAGCGAUUCCGCCAUCACCACAGCAAAUCUGACGUCCAUCUGACGUCGAAAUCUGCGGAAACGAACGCUGAGGCAAGGACAGAAGACGACUGUAACAGUUAUAGACGUCGUAUGCGUUUACACACAAUGUAUUCUAUCACUUGAUCUUCGUAUAUACAUGUACCUGUGAUGAAAGCCAAAGUGCAGAUCAUUUGUUUAGAAAAUCUGACAUCAAAUGCUGUCUGGUCCCCGAUCCAGGCGUGACUGGUACAUUGUGUCAAGACAAACAUAUACCUUUAUGGAUUAUGUCUUUCAUACCGCAAAGGAAACGCAAUGAAAAUACAUAAAUGCAAAAGACCACAACAUGGCAAGAGGUAAUAUGAGCCUAACUGUUAUACACAUUGCUAACACUAUGUUAAUGCUAAUUCUAGUUCACAGAAUUUUGUUUAAAGAGAAACUGAAAUAACUUACUUUUUCCUAUGAAAUAUUUAUUUUAAUAUGAUUUCUGGCAUGAUAGAAGGACAAUGGAAGCUGAUUUUUCCCCAUUACUGCCACGCUCGGCGUCAGCAGGAAAAUAUCAACUUUUGUGAAAACUGUUAAUCAAA